UGCACACUUGUCUUCACAAGCAGCAUCGAAUUGCUUUAUAAUUAGUAUUUGAGCGUACCUGAAUCCAGAAUACUGGUACAUGUAGACACAGUCACCAGCUGCCGCGCUUGGAUAUCCUGGAGCCCACAUCUGAUAAUCAUUUGAUUGAAGAUAGGUGCCAUCAGGCCAGGACCAGUAUCCUCCACUGUCUCUCUGAAGACCAAUCCAAAACUUUGUUUUUGAUGGGAAUAGUGCGCCCACGAAUAAUGAUUUGUCGCGACUUUGAACGUUGGCAAGAACUCCGUUAUGUUGCUUACGGCAGUUGUUCGCUGCUAGCAUCUGUAUAGCUGUCAGUGGUACAGUCCUAUAGCAACCUCCGUGUGGUACGGUAUCACCCAUCGUGUAAGGGUCGUAAUUUGUUGGGCAAAAACAGUUUGCUUUGCAGAACGCUUGUCUAACCUCCUCGUUGGUGAGGUUGCCGUAGCGGUUCGUAAAUUGGUAUGGCCCUGGGCUUGCAAGACUACCAAGCAAAGGUACAGCAGCGCCGUGUUCUUGUACAUACUCUACUGUAAUAAUAAUACCGCCACUCUCUUUGAACGUAUUUGCUGCUUUUGUAGGGUCGUUGUCUUUUCCAGUCUCGAAUGCUGACGCCACAAUGACAAUAACCUUCUGCGCAUUCGCUCUAUGUUCUGCACUAUUGAAUCGAUCAGUAGCUAGUUGAAUACCCGCUUCAAUGUUUGUUCCAAGAGAACCAGAGUAGAUUAAAUCCAUGUUGAAAAGCAUAUCGUAGGUUGAGGUCCACUGGGUCAAAUUGUACUGGACUGUUGCAUCGGCUGCGUAAAGAAUGAAACCAGCACGAGUUUGUUGAGCAUAAUCCUGUCCCAGGGUCAUUUUGGAAAGGACAGACUGUACAAAUGCAGUAGCCUAGAAAUAACAAAGUUUUUUUUUUAUUUUUGCGAAUUGUAGUGUGAUAUAAAAGACGUUGUCAACAGUUGACGAGCUCAAUUUCGUCUGAGAGAGAGUUAGGAAGUUCGAAAAUUUCCACGGUAUGACCUUAAAAAUAUCCUGCCAUAAGACAUCAACAAAAAAUAGGACGAAUUAACUUAG